UCCUAUUUGUUGGUUCCACCCCGCUGUCGGUUCCAUUCUAGGGUUUGGUUUCGGCGUUUGCUAUCGGUUGCUUUGGUGUCCGGCCGAGAGCCGUUUCAGCUCCUUCUUCCGCUUCUUCAGCUUGUUGUUAUGGCUCCGUCUCUGGAGAUACCAAUCAUCUAUUCGGACUUGCAACUUUCAUGGCCACCUCUCAAUGAAAGGAUUCUUUCAUCCAUGUGCAGAAGGUCUGUUGCAGCACAUCCUUGGCAUGAUCUUGACAUAGGUCCUGAAGCUCCUAUGAUAUUUAACUGUGUGGUAGAAAUAGGAAGGGGGAGCAAAGUGAAAUAUGAACUUGACAAGAGAACUGGGCUGAUAAAGGUAUUCUUGGUAUUUUACUCUGUUGCUUGCUUUCUGUUUUCUGCUGUGAAUAUCAUAUUUGUUUCUUCUGUACAAGGAGAUCGUGUGCUUCACUCAUCAGUGGUGUACCCUCGUAAUUAUGGCUUCAUCCCACACACCCUUUGUGAAGAUAGUGAUCCAAUUGAUGUUUUAGUUAUCAUGCAGUUAUGUGGCACUUCAGAACCAGUAAUUCCAGGAUGUUUUAUUCGAGCUAAAGCCAUAGGUCUGAUGCCUAUGAUUGAUCAGGUCUGGCUUGGUUAGACAAGUUGGAGAACUGAUUUUGUAAAUCGAAGCAUUAGUGAUUCACAUAUUGUUAUAUAACGCUUCUAAUGAUUGCUUAACUUUGGUAAAAGCCAUGUUGAUGCAAUUUAUGAUGUUGGAAACGGGG